CCGGGCGGCGUGGGAAGUAACGAGAUUCGUUUUUUUUUUGGCCAAUUGAAGGCCCAAGAACGCUUUUUGAUCUUCGCUUCUGGCUUCGGGCGCAAGUGGGUCUUUGGAGUUUGUCGGGUUCUUGCUACCAACCGAGGCUGGUGGUGUGCGGAGCUCGAGUUUGAUUCUUUGCUUGCUGACUGGGGGGAAAGGUGCUUGGAGGCUUUUUUAGUUUCUUGGUGGGUGCUUCCGAUAUUGGCGAUGUGUAGAGCUGUGGAGCUGAAUCAAUCUGGUCGGUGAAUACCCAGUGAAAAUGCUUGCACUUUAAGCGUUAUAUAGCCCUGUGUGCCGUGGCUUAUGAAUGGUUAAGCAUCCCGGGAACGGGAGCUUGGUGAGAGAUUGAGGAGCGUGUUGCUUCGAGUGAAUACAAUUUUGGGAUCUCGAAGAUGGACAACUCUAGGAACAAGCCGAAUGAUCAUUUGGGUGUGAACAAGAUCGGCAAGAACAUAAGGAAGAGCCCAUUACACCAGCCGAAUUUUGCCAACACCAAUAACACCACCACCACCACCAACAACAACAACAACCCAAAUAAUGCCGCCAGGCAACAGCCGCAGCCUCAAGUUUACAACAUCAGCAAGAACGAUUUCCGCAGCAUUGUUCAGCAAUUGACGGGUUCCCCUUCACAAGAUCCCUUGCCUAGACCUCCCAACAAUCCCCCGAAACCACAGAGCAUGCGGCUGCAGAAGAUUCGCCCACCGCCCUUGGGGCCUAUGAACAGGCCCCUUAUUCCCCCUCCAGCUGCAGUUCCUGCGGCUCCACCUGCGGUUCCCUACAACAACAGCUUCGUCAGGCCUCCUCAAUUUGGUCAGCUGUCGCCAACACCUUUGCCGCCUAUGGAACCUCGGGACCCAUAUAUGCAGAACACAACCGAGUCUCCUAUCUCUGCAUACAUGCGAUACUUACAGACUUCAAUGUUAGAUCCUAGUCCUGUUGGAAUCCAAGCUCCACCUCAUUUACCACAGCAAGUUCCAGGUCAAGUUCAGAAUAAUCCACCGCUAUCUGGUUUGCUUCGCAAUCCACCUCUUCCUGGACCAAGAAUGAACGGUCCAAUGCCACCUAUGCCAAAUUUUCCUUCUCCUCAGAUGAAUGGUCCCGCACUUUUGCCCUCUCCGACUUCUCAAUUCCUCCUACCAUCGCCAACCAGUUACUUGAAUUUGUUGUCUCCAAGAUCGCCAUACCCUUUUUCGCCUGGGUUCCAGUUUCCUCCCCCUUUUACGCCCAACUUUUCGUUUUCGCCGGGCACUCAGACAGGGAUUUUGGGCCCAGGUCCUCAGCCACCACCUUCACCUGGGCUUGCAUUUCCGCUGUCUCCUUCGGGCUUCUUCGCAAUCCCAAGCCCAAGGUGGAGGACAUAAUACUUUUUAUUUGUUUUUGAGCAAAAUUGCAGGCUGAAAGUUCCACGCUGAAGAUCUUCGCUGUGAUGGAUCUGGUGCUUUCACCAUGUAUACUAUGGAUUCAUCUGCUUGUGGAAGCUUCCACUGUGAAAAAUUUAUGUACGAUUGUCAUGUAAGGGGUUCUGCGUAAUUUGAAGUCCUUUUUGUGUAUGUUCAUUUCCUUCACUUUUGCCUGUAUUGACUCCCAUUUUGUAGCUUUUUCUUUAUUCCCGGUGACUUGGAUAUAGUAACAGCUGCAAAAGUUUAAUUUAGCCGGUCGACAAGUUCACUUUAGGUGAUAUAGGAAAAUACAUCAUGCAAAUGGCAAUUUGGCAGUGUGUAGUAUGAAAGGCUGACUUCAAUCAAAAUGGAGGUAGGAAUUAGGUCCUGUACUGAGCAGAACUCCAGUCUUGUUGUAAUAAUACUGAUAUAGUCUUUGUUUCCAUUA